AAACGGUGAGAGUGUAGAAAGAAAACGACUUCCUCCUUCCUUUUCUCUCUAUUUAAACCACUCACUCUACGCGUCAUUCCCACCGCUCUUUGUCUAUUCCCAUUUUCCAGUCUCUGGAUUUCCAACAAAGUCUUUACCGCAUUUCCUUCUUCUUCCUUCCUUCUUCAAGAUCCAUCCCAGAUCUUAUACAAUGACUAUGAGUAAUGGUAAUGAACACCUAGUGGCUUGUAAUGGAGAAGCGAAAACUAACAAACCCUUCAAGAUCUUCGUGGGUUAUGAUCCACGCGAGGAUCUUGCUUAUCAGGUAUGUCGCCAUUCAAUCUUGAAGCGCUCGUCCAUUCCUGUUGAAAUUACACCCAUUGUGCAGUCAGAUCUUCGGAAAAAAGGCCUAUACUGGCGUGAACGAGGCCAAACUGAGAGUACUGAGUUCUCCUUCUCUCGGUUCUUGACCCCUUACUUAGCUGAUUAUGAUGGUUGGGCUAUGUUUGUUGAUUGCGAUUUUCUUUACUUAACUGAUGUCAAAGAAUUGAGAGACUUGAUUGAUGAUAAGUAUGCUAUUAUGUGUGUACAUCAUGAUUAUACACCUAAAGAAACCACAAAAAUGGAUGGGGCAGUGCAAACUGUGUAUCCAAGGAAAAAUUGGUCUUCGAUGGUGUUGUAUAAUUGUGGCCACCCGAAAAAUAAGGUGUUGACACCUGAAGUUGUGAACACACAAACGGGUGCAUUUCUUCAUAGGUUUCAGUGGCUUGAAGAUGAAGAAAUUGGGUCUGUCCCGUUUCUGUGGAAUUUUCUUGAGGGGCAUAACAGGAUUGUUGAGAAUGAUCCCACUACAUUUCCAAAGGCGAUACAUUACACUCGUGGAGGACCAUGGUUUGAGGCCUGGAAGAAUUGUGAGUUUGCGGAUCUUUGGUUAAAUGAGAUGGAGGAGUACAUGAAGGAAAGUAAGAAGAUGAUUGAGAAUUAAAUAGUACCAAUUGGUUCCGAAUAAGAUUUAGUUUCCAGAUUUACUAGUAAUAUUGACUUGUGUCUUGCUUAUUCUUUGUUUCUGAAUCCAAUAUUUGUAUUCUUUGUUUUGAUUGCUCUCCUGUGGAGAGUUGAGUAAUCCUUUGGAAUAAUUGCUACAUAGGUGCCGCUCGCUCGCAUAUUCCUUAUAUAUAUGUAUGUAUGUAAUGCUUCAUUGUUUAUUUGUCUAAAUACGACAUGUCGUUUUUACUUAAUA